AUGGAAGAUGAUGAAGAAAAUGUUGUCAGUAAAUUAACAUCAAAUUCCCUGGACGACAAUGGAAGUCAUUUAGGUUUUCCUCAACUUAAGACAUGUGGUGGCUUUGAAAUGAUGCGUUGUGCCCCCAAAUGUCGUGAUUUGGCCGUGCUCGAUUGCUCAUGGGGUGCAAAGGACCUUCGUGCAAAUUUGGGUGGUGGUCAAGGUAAGAUAUAUUUACGACCAAUUCAAAUGUCUUUGUCCAAAGAGCCAUUGGUCCAGCAAAGCCAAUCUGAAGUUAAGGAGCGAUGCAAAAUGUGCAACCAGGAGAUUCUUGCUCGUCGGCUUCGGAGCCAUUUAUGGUCAUGUAUGGAAGGACUGGACACUAGUGAUGAAGAUGGCCAAGACGCUGAACCUGGUCAGUUUGCUCAGGAGGAAAGUCGAGAAUUUGUUAUAUCUGGUCAAGCACCAUCCUCUAGCAACUCCUUAAUGUCACUUCCUGCAUCAUCUGAAGCAUCUUUGUCACAUACCGAAACAGAGACAAUAGCAAGUGUACCAACCACCUUACAAAUGUCUAGUGAGGUCAUCGACCUCACAGUAAAAGAGUCAGAGAUCUCUCACAUGGAUAAGAUUGUCGACGACAUUGUCAAUGAUACAGUAGCCUAUUGUGAACAAUAUAAUGUAUUGAGUGCUGUUGAAAUAUUGCGCUGUUUCCAAAAGAAGAUGGUAACUGGCAGAGAUUUAGAAGUUCAAGCUUUAGAUGAAGUGAAUGAAGGGGAUACCAACUUUAUAAUGAUUGACCGUGGCAAUGUUUUGAAGACAGCCUUGGAUGAAAUAUUGUGCGUAACAGAUUAUCGGAAAACAUUGCAAGUUGAAUUUUAUGGGGAAGUAUGUCUUGUUUGCAUUUGA